AUGAACAAUGGUGUAGAGCUACUGGGGCUUCUCAACCGACAUACUAACCUUGCACCUUUGGAUAGCGAUCUUAUUAAUGAACUACCCAUCAAGGUUACAACUCUGGAGAAGGUACACCCAAAGUCUGAAGAGGCUUUUCAACAAUGGGAGGUAUCGGUGGUUCUUUGUAUUCGGCAAUUAGGAGUGUUUGCCUGGACAGACCGUCAGCAAACACGUGCCUACUCAUUUCAAUCGAUAGGUCUUUGGUUCUGUGAAGUGCUGACUAUCAAAUUAGAGGGAGGAAAAGAUAGAGUUGGUGAGGAUACUGGUUUAGGCAGAAAGGCGAGAGUUCAUGACUUUGUUGAUGCCGAAUCUCUUGCUUGA